UUAAAGAGUAUUCUUUUGUAAAACGCAUGACUAUUUCCUUCGUUAUGACAUAUCUUGUAGCAGCAAUCGGUGCACAAAUUUCUGGUACAGACCCACCUAAUUUACCACACAAAGUAUUCUUACCUGAGAACUCGGAAACGGGACAAGUUGUGUACAAAAUUAACGACAUAAUUGAUUCUGAGAACCCGAGGAAUAAACUUCAAGAAUAUGAAUUUUACCCAGCAGAUACCAGAAAUAUUUUCAAAUACAACAUUACAACUAAAGAAGUCUCCGUGAUAAAUGGAAGUUUGCUGAAAUCUGAAGGUCUUCAUAAGUCAUACCUGAUUCUUUUCCGAGAAAUAUACAAUCAUUCCAAAGUCUAUCCUUUAGUGAUAGAAAUACUCGAUGUAACUGAAGCAACAGAUUUCAAACAGGGAAUGUCCAUAUAUAAUGGUUGUUGUGAUGACGUCAGAAGAUUGUUCUGGAUUGUGCCUGUUUCUUCUGCAUUGGAAUUUAUCUUGUUAAUUCUUGGAUUCAUAAUAUUACUAACCUGUGUCCUGCAGAAAGGAAAACAGAAGAUGAUAACACCUCUUGAGAAAUAAGAUGUGUACAUACAUCAUGUGUAUAUUGUGAGUUCUUUGAAUGAAGACGAAAACUAUUUACAAUUUCGAUACUUCAUCUGUUUCAUGUGUCCAUGUAUUUUUCUCAAUCCAGGAUUUGAGAUUAGUUUUAUCAGAUUGCGCUAUUCUUUGUGAAUAAUAUUAUCUAUAGUAGAUACAUGCACGUACAUGUAGCGGAGGUUAGUUUAGAUAGUCCACUGUUUUUCAAAAGUCUUCAAUCUAUUUUUUUUAAAGCAAUUUGAUUUAUAAAAUUUUGAAUAUAUUUCAAAAUGUUUAAAUCAUAAUAUUUUCAGAUUAUUUGGCACGAACGAAUGAGUAACUCUGGGAUAUGAUAAGUAGCAUAACUUGGAAUAAUUUUUUGUCAUAUAUUAUUUAAUGGGAUCUGAACAUUUUUCUGAAAAU